CUUAUAAAUUGUCAAGAAGUCCUCUUUUUGAACGGGAAAAUAGCAGUCGACGUAAUCCGUAGUCCAACAUUUAUUCGGUACGGUUAAAAAACAAUGUGUCUUUUACUUAAAAUCGCCGUCUCUCGGAAUUCAUAAUUAAUCAAUUGUUGGGAUGUUAAGUUUUUGAAAACCUGUCGAAGCAGCUAUUCAACGGAUCUACCAAACAUAAAACACCCAAACAAAUUUAGUAUAGGAAAUAUUUUGUAUUGCGUUCUAAAUGCAUCAAAUCCCACGUGCGUAUUGUAGCAACGCGAGUGUAAUAACAAUGUGUUUUAUUUAUGUUUAUAAAAAUCAGUCUCCUUUCAAUUGUGCCGGAAUCGAGGUCCGAUAAUCACAUCAUAAACUGAAAUUAUACCUGGACCGCACAAAAUAACCAUCUCUGACCAAGAUCUACCAAGAAAUAUGUUUCAGACGAACUUCCAAGGGCCGUUAUUCACCGCGUUCUAUAGUGGCGGCAGCAAUCCGCUGGAUAAUUGGUUAGUUCAGUGCAAAGAAGGAGAAAUGAAACAGGUCCUCGACGACGUGGUGAAGUCCAACGUAUUCCAGAUCCAGUCGCUAAACGUCAACGCCUGUUGUAUAACCUGUCCGGUGGACCCCAAAGGUUCGCUGGGUGUUCGGAUGCCUUACCUGACGUUGUUGCUGAAAAAUCUCCGUCAAUAUUUUACGUUCGAAAUCACGAUUUUGGACAGCGAAAAGAUUCGCCGGCGCGUGCGCCUGAGCAACUACCAUACGGUCUCAAAGAUCAGUACGUUCAUGGUCACGAAGCCGAUGUGCAUGGACGAGGGUUGGAACCGAGUGGGCCUGAAAUUGGCCGAGAUCGUGAGCGACGCGUUCAAGACGACCUACGUGGAGACGGUCCGCAUCCAAGUGCACGCCAACUGUCGGCUGAAAAGGAUAUAUUUCAGUAGCCAAGAGUACAAGGAGGAUGAGCUGCCGAACGCGUACAGGAUGUACAAGAUGGCAGUGGUGCGGGAAAAACCGAAGAGAUUGCCGAAGAAAAUUGCAGGACCCGUUGACAAAAAGUCGACGGCUGUCGUAGAGCAGGCUAAAACUUAAUAUGAUCAUACGAAUAAUACCGACUGCAUGGAAAACUGCGUUGUCCAUCUGAUAUCUACACAAAUUCAGUGCGUCGAUAUUAUUAGGUACCGCCAUUGUGUUUUAACCGAAAAAUUAAAAAUUUCUUAUGACAUAAAUAAAUAAAUAAACAAUAAUAUAAUGUAUACCUCCUA